AACAGUUAGUGGGCACCGUUUGUCACUUGUAUAGUCCAAUUAAUGUAUUGUUUAGGGUUGUAUUGUGUUAUGUAGUGGAUUUGCUGGGAUGCGUCUAAAAGCAUUUUUUUUUUUGCCCCGCCAAGAUUUACAUGCUAAAAUCGCCACUMGUCAGGUGAUUCACUUCAAUCACCAAUAUGUCACACUUGUGUGCUCUUUAUCCUGUACUCAUAAACAUUUCCAUGUUUUUGCUUUUAGGGAUGAAUACGAGGGCUUAGUUGAUGUUCGGCUGGCAAGCAAUUCACAAAAAGCCUGCAUCUCUCACUGAAGAAUAUCCAUUCACAAGUUUUGUCACCAUGAAGGUAGCUUUGUUUUCACUGGUGCUUCUCUGCCUGGCUGGGAUGCUGCAUGCUGAAGUCCUGUCCCAGUCUGACGAGAACAGUCUCACAGAAAAUGGACAGGGUUUGGGGAGAAGAUAUGCAGAGUCAACCAUCGCCAGUGACAUGAGCAAAAUCAUGGACUCCAUGGUGCAGAAGAAUUUUGUCAACUUCCUGCUCAACCAGAGAGAGAAAAAGAGCAUGUCUAAUGUCACUCCAGAGGAAGAUCCAGAGGCUCGCCUGUACAACAAUCUCCUGAAAAUGCUUGCACUGUGCAUUCGCAGCAAGGGACAGAUCCAUUGAUGUUUUGAAGAAUAUCAACAAAUGAUCAACAUAGGUGGGAGAGUAAUGCAAAGAAGUCAACCAAAACAUUAUGACAAUUUGGAGGAAAAUGUAUGCUUUCUAUUUUUGUGUACACAAUAUAUAUUGUAAAGUUAGAAAUAUGAAUCCAGCAUGUCUGAAGUUUUUCAUAAAUAUUUGCUAAGGGGAAAUAAAAUAGCUUGAAGUAAA